CAACAAAUCGUUGAAUCCUUAGUGUCAAUUACCAGAACCAUUAGCGACAAUUACCAUAACCAUAGCAACAAUUCGUUCAAUACUUAGCGACACUUAUCGAAAUUAUGGAUAACAACUACCAAGGAUACACUGAGCUAUGUGGCUACGUUGCUGGUGCUGAUACACCAACGCUAGCAGGCUUUGUGGACAAGAAUAAAGCACAGAUAGGUGCCUGGAGUCAAUCGACUAAAGACUGGACUGGAAUGGCAAGCGUGUGGUCGCGUCGAUUUGUCCACAGCGUUAAGUAUUUGCGCCCACAUAUUGAAACAAACACACGCUGCGAUCCACUUAUUUGGCAAGAAAUCCUCGCUCUUCGUGUUGCAAAGGUAAAGUAUCACGUUGAAGCAGUAAAAACAGCAACGGCAGCAGCAGAACCGGCCAAUGAGGCUAUUCGAAGCGUCCUUCUUGUUGGUUCUUCCGCGACAACAAAAGAAGUUCCUGAUGACGACCUUGAAUCCGCCAAAUCAUUACCUAGUAUCGAUGAAAAUCCGAAGAAGCUAUACAAAGACCGGUUUGAAGUGUUUCCCUUGGACCUUGACCGAGAAAUCAAAGAUCGUGCUGAUCGGUGGAUCGCUUCAAACAAUGUCGAUAUAACCAAGUUGCUCGAGGCCUAUCAAAAAAGAUCUAUUAGCGAAAACAAAAAAACAAACAAAACCAUUAGCAAUAUUCGAGCAUUGUAAGUAGCUUUUUUAUUAUUGCUCGAUCAUUAUUGUUUUCGUUUUAGCGUACCUUUGACUAUAUGAUAUUCUUACAUAGGAGCCUCUGUUGCAUCUUUUUCUUCGGCCUCAAGGAAUCGGUGGUAACCGUCAAGGAAGACGAAUUGCUUCGCAACCAAUGCAAGCCAGAUUUACCAAGUGUGUUGCCAACGUGGGCGAGCGAUAUCGAACAGCUGUCACAAGACAAAGAAACAGACAGCUGGGAUAUAAAGCAAAGAAUACAC